AUGUCCGACUCAUACGGCUCUCAGCACGCCAAUACCGAGUUCCUAGACACAUGGCACCCUGAAAUCACAGACACGGUCAACUUGGACGGCCAAGAUUUCGUGCCAAUCUCUUUCUCGGAGCAAGUAUAUGCCGAAUCACAGUCAGGAAUGAAUCCCGAAACGCUGGAUUUCCUGACUGCUACAGAUCCCUUUAACCCCGAUGCGGCAAUGACACAGGAACACACCCUCAAUAUUGAUCUUUCCCUUGACUGGAUGGCACCGGGUCCAUCCAGCAAUCCAUUCCCACAUAUCGGGAUUCCGGAGAAUAACGCCUCCCCUUCACAGAAUAGCAACCAGCUAUUGGUACCAUUCGGCCAGCAACCCCCAGUAUACAAUUUCUCAGAUUCUCACUUUGACCAAUACCCAGAACAAAGCCUUCAGGAUAACCCACUGUCCUCAUAUCCGUCCCCCAACUUUGCCACUCGCACCAUCUCUCCGCCAUAUGGCCGCCAGGUUCUUCAACAGCCUAGGCAACUUCUGCGUUCGGCCGCCGAAACCCCUUACAGCAACAACGUUUUUGGCUUCGAUCCAAGCCCACAAAUUACAUCUAAUUAUAACACUCACAAAACCCCCGCCAGCACAAAAGAAACGAAUCCAUCUUCCCUUUGUAGCCGAAAGAUUAGCCUCAACAGAGCCGCAAAGAAAAGAGGUGAUCCGAGCUGCGACCCAUCUCUUUGUUAUGCAUCGGAUCCCGCCAAAAUCACCCCAUGGGGCAGUCUGUCUUGGAACGGACAGCACUUGUUCAGCUACACCCCAAAGGGACAGUGGUUGCGUGACCGUUGCUUCACCAAACAGCAGUUUCGAGAGUACGCAGACAACUGUGGAAAGGACACCGUCUUUUGGGUCCAGCAAGCCCCCACGCAGUGCAAUCAUCGACUGGAGCCCGAGGACAGGAUCUGUCGCUGGGCGAACUGCCCCGUCGCCAACAGAACCAUCACGGCGGGAUGGCUUCGUGUAGCCUUCGACGAAUUCCCUCACCUGACUUCCAGUGGAGUCCGGGAUCCAUUGAAGUGCGCUGGCUCGCUCCAUCUAUAUUGCUUUGAGCAGAUUUUCAACCCUUUGGAGUUUCAUCUAUCUGGCCGUCUGCGCCCCGAAGACAGACAGUUUCCUUUCGAGGAUAAGAGCGUGGUGACGCUGGAAAAGCUGACUGAUGCGGGCAUCAUAAGGGAGGCUUACCAGCCCUGGUUUGAGCAGAGAAUGUUCAGCCCCUAUCAGCAGCCACGAGAAUAUCGCGACUCUCUGUCUUAUCGGCUGACCAAGUAUCAUCUAGACAACCAGACGGCAGCCCGGCAAAAGGCACGAUCGAAACGAAACGUUACCAAGACUGAGGGCGAGCGCAGGACCAUUGAUGUCCACAUGGGCGAUCUGAAAAUGUUUGUUGAAGCCACGAAUAGAGUCAGGAGGACGAAGAAGGUCAGAAAACUUGAAAGGGCCAACACCGAAGACGCCGAUGGCUUGAGCAAUUCUUCUUUACAACAAUGGGUACUUACUAGCACACGCCCAACGAUGAACGCAACACAAAGCGGCAUUGUGGACUGGGUUCCAGAGCUAAAUCGAGGGGAAUCGCUCUCGCGCGAAUCAUAUCAACCAAGGGGAAGCUCUUUAGCUGAUGGAAAUGUGCAAGAGGUUUCAGGUCAUAGAAUGGGACGGAUCUCCGCACGGCAGACGCAGUCAUACCUAUCACGCUUUUCUUCCCCUGAUAGCCAGAAUCAGGAUUCUAAUACAUAUCAGUUCAAUCCUGAAUUCAACCCAAGCAUGAACAGCAGGCAGCCGCCGAGCUAUUUUGAUCCCCUGAGUACAAGGCCGUCAACUAUUCGACCCUCGAUCACCGCAGCGGGCACAUUCCCCAACUACCCUCAGAAUAGUCACAUGGACGUGUCUAAUCACAACUACUCUCAGAGUGGUAUGCGACAAAGGCUCAACAGGGCAACCCAAACGCACCCUCGCUCGGGCCUUGGGCCGAUCAUAACGCAGUUUCAACAACAUCACGCAUAUUCUGUGAACCGCUCAAUAAAGCGUGACGCCUUUACUCAGACAAAAAGAGGAACCCUGCAGUUGCCUGUAGGCGGCAGCAAUAUGGGCUUCUUUGACUCACACCGAGGGAGUAUCCUGACUCGCGGGGAGGUAGAUUUUGAUCUUCUCAUUGACCCUAGGAUAUCCGAGGUUGAGCUGGAGAGUAGCCAACACCAGAAAGAAGCUGGAAGCGAGGCGAAUGGUGCAUUUACGGCCCACGCACUAACGGGCACAGAUGCAUCUCAGCCUCUAGGACUCAUGGACGGUGCCGUGAGCCCGCGGGUCACAGCUACAUCACCAUCUUGGGAUAGCCUCCUGGAUUUUGGCGGUGCUAAUGGUGCUGGUCUUUCUCCUCUGGGCAGAUUCUUUACAAUCACCAAUCCCAUUGGUGGUGAGAGAGCCACAGCUCUUACUGGCGUCAGUGUACAGCAUGUAAGCAGUCCCGGAGUGGCCCGCUUUAAGCGGAAGAAUCUCAGCCCCAGCUCGAGCACGCAAAGCAGGCAAGGCAACAAAAGACGGCGCACGGAUACCUCACAAUUGUAG